AUGGGCACCAGCCUGUUCCAGGUCGAGAAUAUGGGCUUGGCGCGCACAUACUGGUACCUCAUCGUCGGUGUGAUAGGCCUUCUCUUGGUCGUGCGCGCUGCCAAUUAUCUCCAGAGGAGGAUAAGGUUACGAAGAUGUGCAGCCUCGCCAACCUCAUCUCCAACAAAACCACGCGGUCCCAUAUCACAGGCAUGGGAGACAGCAACCGCAAUAGGCCGCGAGGCUAGCUAUCCCCAGCUAUACGUGCCCACGCGCUUCCUCUCCUGGCUGACGCCCCCGUCCAUGGGCCGCCUGCUCGUCCUGCUCGUCUACUGGGCCGUCAUCAUCUAUAUGGCCACCGCAGGCGCCAUCGUCAAGGACGCCUACUUCUGGGAGCGCAUCGGCUUCCGCAAUGCCUGGGUGACCGUCAUGCAGGUGCCCUUCCUCUACUUGCUCGCGUCCAAGAGCAGCGUCAUCGGAAUGCUCGUCGGGAGCAGCUACGAGCGCCUGAACUGGCUGCACCGCUGGGUUGCGCGUACCAUGUUCAUUACGGCGACAGUGCACGGAUGGCACUUUUGGUCCGAGUGGAAGCGCGCCGAAAUUAUUGAGGAGGAGAUCGCCAUAAUGCCUAUGGUCAAGUACGGGCUGGGCGCCUGGGGCCUGUUGUUGUGGGCCAAUAUCUCCACGCUAGCCCCCUUGCGACAUAUGUGGUACGAGUUCUUCGUCGCCCAGCACAUGUUGACGUGGAUCCUGUUUCUGUACAUCGUCUACACCCACGUGCCUUACUAUGCGCAGUACAACGUCUGGUUUGCCGUCGCGGCUCUGUGCUUCGAUCGCUUCUACCGCACGGUGCUUCUCGUUUGGCAGAAUGUGAAGUUUAGGCCGAAUCGAGGGGGUUGCAAGGGCGGGCAGAGAGCUGGGCACCAGGCGCAGAUUCGGGCCGUGGGCGGAGACAUUGCUGUCGUCACCAUCAAGGACGUCCACUUCUCCUGGAGAGCGGGACAGCACCUGUACCUGUGGAUGCCAAAAAUUGGUUUCUCGGAUCACCACCCCUACACCAUCGCCUGCGCUCACACCCUGCCCGAGACGUGCAUCUGCAACAGCAUCCAGCUCGUCGUGAGGAAACACAAGGGCUUCUCGCGCAGGCUCUACAAUUAUGCAAAGAAAAUGCAGACAGCCGGCAAGAAGGAGACGGUGACGGCGUUCGUCAGCGGGCCCUAUGGUCUGCCGCCGCGGUGGGACAUAUACGAUACGCUUGUCCUGAUCUCGGCAUCCACAGGGGCCAGCUUCACCCUACCGAUUCUGGAGAGCGUGCUCAUGUCCAGCAAUACGUCUAUAUGCACGCGGCGUAUCGACUUCCUGCUCGCCGCCAAGAAGGGCGAUGAGAUCGACUACUACGUCCAGCGGCUGCACGAGAUGAUCGACAGGGCAGCGGACGUCGGCAUCGAGUUGAAGGUCCACAUCGCCGUGACGCAGGGCCCACCGCCACCUCUGCUUGUCAGGAGACCAACCACUGGCGAAAAGGCCUCGGGCGUGUCUUCAUCCUCGGCCAGUACCUCCUCGCCCUCUUCCAACCGGGCCGGCUUCAACAACAAGACCGACCUUACCGCUGUGGUGGACAUCGAGAAACAGGGCGGCGCGCUGGCUAGCGACGGGAGGCGUGGAAGCUCCGCAAGCAGCGACUCAAAUGUUCACCACCUGAGCUCCAGGCCGAACAUUGAGGCGUUCAUCAGGGACCCCGUGGAGGCGGCUGAGGGCGAGACGUCUGUUGUUGUCUGUGGUGGGAAGUCGCUGGUCGCGAGGGCGAGGAAUUGUGUCGCCAAGCUGAGCGAUGAGAGAGCCGUGCACAAAGGGACUGGUGCCCAAGGGAUCCAUCUGCAUGUUGAGGAGUACUGUUUUUAAAUGCAUACAUGCGUAUGAUAUCUAAUGACGAGCGAUGAAAAAGAAAUGAAAAUGUCAUGACCAUA